UGGAACUAGUUAAAAGUUAAACCAAGACAGAAAACCUUUAAUGGAACAUUUGGGGUAGAGGAAAAAGAUGCGCAGGAGAAAUAUCAACAGAAAGACCUGCUGCUGCUAUUGGGGGUCCUAAGCAAGAGUCAUUCAUAUAACGUUGGUUGAACUUAGUUUAAAUAUGACUCAUCUGACAUUUCUGAUAAAGAUUUAAUGCUGAAGAGCUGUCCCCUCAUCUUCAAAGAUUCAGAGGGGCCCGACUAACUCACAGCUCUCGUCUUUUUCUUACUGUCUCCUAUCUGGUACACACUUUCAAGUAAGAUGCUUGCCCUGCUCAGUGUCCUCCUGCUUUCAUCACAUGUCCUUACUCUCGUCCAAUCAACAUCAUGCGAUGACAAAACAGAGUACUUGAAUGACAAUACAUGCUGCAAAAAAUGUAAACCAGGAGAGCUUUUGAUACAGAAAUGCACACAACAAAUGGCUGAUACUGAGUGUGCCAGAUGUGGAGAUGGCUACUUCACGGACGACUAUAACAUCAAUUACCACUGGUGCAAUGAAUGCAGAACGUGCACCAAAGACCAUAUGAUGUAUGAGAAGAACUGUACGUCAACAAGUGAUGCAGUGUGUACGUGUGUUGAGGGCUACAGAUGUAGAGACAGUAAAUGCCAGGAGUGUGAGAAAAUUCAGACAUCUACUGUUUCUUCACUUGCUACUAUUAAAGCAAUACCGCCCACCCAUGAUAUAGUGUGGAUCUCGGUGAGUCUGUGUUGUGCGUGUAUGUGUGUGUGCGUUCUGCUCACCUGUUUCCUUCUCAUCAGCAGACAUGCACGACAAUAUGGAUGGAUCAUGCCAACAUCACCUGGUCAAUGGCGCACAGACAAGAGCAACUCUGGAUCCAGCCAGUGCACAGAGGAAGAGGAGGUACCAAUGCCAGUGCAGGAGAUGUGUGGAAAGACUGAAAAACUUGAGGAUGUCUGAGAAAAGAGCAGGAAGAAGACCACUGAUGCGUCUAUGGAUUGAGUAUUUACUCUGAUACAAACCUGCUGCUGCCAUUUACGCAAGAGAAAAUCUGCACUCAGGUGGCCCAUCUGAAGGUUCUGUGAUAGUGACUGUCCUUCCUGAGAAAUCCCGAGAUAGAGAGAGAUUUGUGUUGCCACUGCACAUAACAUACAACAUAGAGCUAAUCUUUUUAUACAAAUGAAGGUUUUAUUCUCUGCACGCUUGUUUGUAUUUAUAAUUGGGUAGUUUCUGCACAGCAUGCCCAUGGUCUUUUUUAAGUGUAUAUUAAUGUAUAAGGUAAAGUGCAAGUUGAAGUUUUUUACUUAUUCUGAAGUUAUUUUUUAUAUAGCUUUUCAUUUAUUUUAACAUGUCUCAAAAUAAUAAGAAGUUAUAGAAGCUGCAUCUAUAAAAUGAUGAAAAUAUUAAAACAUAAAAUGAACAUAAUAUUUUUUUUUUAAUAUUUUAAAAAGUUUUUGAUGGGAAUAUAACAUGCCAUUUCCUACAAGUGUUUUAUGUCAGUUACCCAGUUUUAUAAAUUUUAUAAGUUUUAUAAUUGUAUUUGUAUUUGCAGUGAAGUUAAUGUACUCUGAGAAACAUGUCAAAAAAUAAAUCUUUAUUGAUUCUAUUGCACUUUACGAUUAAUAUCAAGUUUAAAAAUGUGUAUUACAGCGAAUAUAAAACAUAAUAUAUGAUGACACAACA